AUGCCUUACGUUGAGUUCCUUGGGCAAGAGGAGUUGGAAAAGUUCAUGCGGGUUCUUGAGGAAGACGACACCUGGCACGAGAUGAACGUGCUGCAGGCCAUCGACUGCGUGCGCACCACGCCUCUCCGGCCCCAGGACAUCGACACGAUGGAAGAUGAGUGGAAGCGCCACGAUGCUUACCUGCACGGUGACGUCGCCGGCGGCUCGAUGAUCGAGGACGAAACCGACCGCGCCAUCAUCCAUCAGGCCAUCCACGAACAAUUUGAGAGCCUGCGAAUGCGCAUCAAACUACGCUUCCGGGUCCAAGAAUUGCGCCCGCCCAGCCAUCAGUAG